CUUUCCCCCGGGUACGCUGGUCUGCAGACUGUAAUUUGAGUAGCGUGCUGUGCUGUGGACAGGACUUGCAGACUUACGCUGCCAGUGGGUAUCAUGAAGAAAUGGGGAAAUUAUUUAGAAGACCCUAAGACUGGGAGAAAUGCUGAGUCUUUUUGGGUAUUUUUGGUGGAUUUUUUUGUUGUUAUUGGGUUUUGGUUUUGGUUGGUUGGUUGGUUGGCUUGGUUUUGUUGCUUUGGGUUCUUUUGGGGUUUUUUUAUGUUAAUGCAAACUCAAGAGGCUUUGAUUUUUACUCAUUUAUCUUGCAUCUGAAUCCCAGUCUUUUUAAAAGUUCAUUUCAUUCAUUUAACAUGAAAUCAUGAUGCCUUGUGUACUGCAUUGCAUCUGAUUUCUAAACAGCGAGUCAGCAAACUGUGAUACAUAAUAUACAGUUAGUUAAUGGAACCUGACUGUACUGUGUGCUCUAUAUUGCAUUAUACGUAGUGGUGUAAAUUAAAUAUUUAAUUACUAGGAGUUUGGAGUCCAGGAGGGUCUUAGAAGCUUGAUAGUAAUCCACAAUCAGAGUUUGGAAACUAUGGACGUGUCCUGAAACCAUACAAUUUGAGACAUAACAGUGGCAGAAAGGAUUAUUGGAGCUAAAUGAGAAAGUCUUCAGGCCAGUUGUUGUAAUCUGUACUUGGACAAGACAUUAUUUAGGUUUUAGAGCUGCAAUUCCGCAACGACUCCCCAAAGUUCGGAAAGUAGUAAAGGAUUGAGCGAAUUGAAGUUUCACUUAGGAUUGGAGGAGCAGCCAUUUGAGAAAGCCAAGGUUGUUUGAUGUUGGUAAUCCCUCGUCAAGCAUAUUACUGCUUUUGUGGCCUUCUGCCUUUGCCUUCCACAGCAGUGAUUUAGAUGGGAACUGUAAAAUUUUUCAAAAUUAAUUAUUAUAGUUACUUGAAAUAGUGUAAAUCUGAAAAUUUGUCCAUAAACAGAAUUCUUAUAGAUUUUUGCCCCUGUGGUUUUUCUAAUGCAUAAAGACACGCUGAAAUGGUUAUUUUGUUUUCAGACAAUAGAGAGGUAGUAAUUACAUAUUUUUUCUCAUUUUUAUCUUUUAGAAAAAUUUGGAAUUUCAGUCAUUAUUGUUCUGAACUGUAAGGGUUUAUCUGUUUUGAGAUAUUACUAGUGAAUAGUUUUUUUUUUUAUUCAGAAUGCUUGUUGCUGAAGGGAAAACCACAGAAAUUUUAAAAAGUAAUUUCUUACAAGUGUGUGCUAUUAAUAUAUGCAGUGAUGCACGUUUUAGACCUACGUCCUUGAUUUCCUUCUAAUUGAAUGGUGAAUAUAUAGUAUUCAGUAUAGUGGCUAUGUAGAAACUAUGCUGUUGUUAUAAACAAAUUAUUUUUGUUAGCGUUGUAGAGAAAUAAGAAAGAACUUGGACAUCGCAAUCCUGUCCCCUUCAACUAUUAAAAGUUCAUUUCAGAGUAUUAACAGGCCAGCAGUAGUCAGCUUAACUUUAAUUAUAUGUAUUUUGGGAUGUGUAUGUGUGUAUCUAUUUUCAGCUGAUGAAUAUUUUUUAUUUUCAUUUGUAACUGCAGAUAGAAAAAUGCACAUGCCCUGUUUUUAAAAGCUGAGAUCGGUAUCACAUAGAAAUUAUCAAGGUACUUAAAAAUUAUGCCAGAGGAUGUUAGUUAACCAUUUAAUGUCAGUCUGUGGUCCUCUGGUUCUUUUGCAACAGUUGUUGUGUUGAUGUUGAAGAAGAGAACACCUUUUACUACACUGUUAUGUCACUUGACCGAAUAUGUGGAUGGUAAUUAGAACAAGGGUAGCCAGUUAUUCCUUAUCUGCUCUGCUGUUGUAAUUGACUGUUCAAGUUGUGAAGUAAGAUGGCUAUUUAAAUAAUCUCUGUGAUGGAUGUGAACAGCAUGAAAGCAAGUUAAUUUAUGUGUGUUUCUUAGUGGUCCCUAUUUUCUGUUCAGUAGUUCUCAUGCUAAUAUCUGGCAGACAAGUCUUAAAUGCAUACUCUGAACAGGUGCAGCACUGUUUAUGUUACUGUUAUGUUUUCAGAGCAAAAUCUGCAGCUUUUUGUGUGAAAGAAGGAAAGUUUUAAAAGCUCCACUAAGGAAAAAGGAUUCUACAUAUGAAAAUGGGAAGCAUUGUAGUGGAUUUGACAGUAUUCUUAAUGAUGGAAUUAAGGGAGUCAGUGCUUUUAGAAGCACUUGAUUAGCAAGACUCUCAGGGAAAGUUAUUGACUUCUGUGACAUUAAGUUUGAUACCUCUCACAGUAAAUAAAAUUUCUAUGAGCAAAAGAGAAUGAGCAGCUUCUACAAGAUACAAUGACAGAGUAAAUAAGACAGACAUUUCUUGCUGUCUUCCUGCACUUAUGGGAUGCUGGGCUGGAUCUGCUGUCCAUUAAAAGGAGUGAGACACUUUGAGUUGAUUUUACGUUAUUAUCAGAUAGGGUAAAGGAUGUCAGGUUGACCCCACUUCCUUCCUGAGGAUUGACCACACUUCUGUAUCUGCUAGAAAUUUUCUUUAAAGAUCAGUUUUACAAAGUGCUUUGGCUUAGUUAAAAUAGAGACUUUUUUCCACAUUACUUUCUCUUGUAUACAUGUUGUUCAAAAUUAACCCUACAUCAUAAAUCACAAAGUAUUCUUCUCAACUACAGCUUAUGAUAUGGGUUAGUAGGUGUUCUGUUUUGUCUUUAAAAACAGAACAGAGGAAUUAUGGGAAUCUUUUUGCCUUGUUUGUGUACAUGUAAAUCUGUGUUAUAUAGUGUGCAUUUAUUUUUGACUUUUAAAAUGUACCCUACUGUAGAAUGUUACUUUUAAAUGUAAAGUCCAUGCAAGUAGUUUGAAAAUUCUCUCAGUUAAAAUUAUUGCCUUGGGGUGCCAUCUGACAUUUUUUCUCCUGCAGUCAAAGAGCAGGUGUGUUCCCUGCUGCAGUGCUUAUUUGGCAUUUCUUUCCAUAGUUGGGUUGAGUUUCUCUUCCCUCUAUUACCAAGACCCAAUGUGCAAAACUGAGAACAGUUUGGCUUAAUGUGUCAGAUGGUGUUUGAUAGAUCACUUAUUCAGAAUUGUACUUAUUCUAAAUUCAAAUCCUGUGUACUCUUGCUUUUUAGGUCUGGAAAUGUUAAAGAUGGUUCUUUGGUGGCUUGUGCAUUUUCUCCCAGUGGGAAUUUCUUUGUCACUGGAUCAUCAAGUGGUGAUUUAACCAUUUGGGAUGAUAAAAUGAGAUGCCUGUAUAAUGAAAAAGCACAUGAUCUUGGCGUUACCUGCUGUGAUAUUUCUUCAGAUCCAGUAUCUGUUUUAUCAGAUAAUGAAAAUGGAUUCAAAUACUUCCAGAUGGUUUCUUGCGGACAAGAUAACCAGAUCAAACUCUGGCUUAUUUUGUUUGCAGAUUUCUUAGGUGUUGAAUUAAAACAUAAAUGCACAUUGAAUGGACAUUCUGCCCCAGUUCUGGCUUGUGCAUUUUCAUACGAUGGGCAGAUGUUGGUCUCAGGGUCUGUGGACAAGUGUGUCAUAAUCUAUGAAACUAGUACUGGCAAUACCCUUCAUAGUUUGUGUCAGCACACCAGAUAUGUUACAACUUGUGCUUUUGCACCACACAGUCACUUACUUGCCACAGGCUCAAUGGAUAAAACUGUGCACAUAUGGCAGUUGGACCUUAAGCAACCCUCUGCAGGAAAUACUGUAGAAACUGAAUCAAAGGUGGCUGUUGAGGACUGGUCAGAGGAUGAUGUUUCAGCCUGGCUCUGUGCACAAGAUUUAGCAGACUUUGUUGGGCUUUUCAAAAUGAAUAACAUUGAUGGCAAGGAGCUACUGAAUCUUACUAAGGAAGGUCUUGCUAAUGAAUUGAAAAUUGAGUCUCUAGGCCUGCGCAGUAAAAUUCUCCAGAAGAUUGAAGAACUGAGGAUGACAACGAUCUCAGUUUCUGUUCCUGAUGAGUUCCUGUGUCCCAUAACAAGGGAGCUUAUGAAGGAUCCUGUCAUUGCAGCAGAUGGCUAUUCCUAUGAAAGGGAAGCAGUGGAACACUGGAUCAGCAAUAAAAGACGAUCUAGUCCCAUGACCAAUCUUCCCCUCCACUCCCUUAUGCUCACACCAAACAGGACACUAAAAAUGGCCAUCACUCGCUGGCUGGAGACUCAGCAGAAAUGUUAAACCACUUCAUUUGGAAUUCUGUGUAGCUAAAGGAACUAACUGUAUCAGAAACAAUUGGGAAAAAAAGUUCUGUUCUAAUCUGUGUCUCUUUCAAAGAAAACCUUCACUGGUGGAAGCUCCCAGAAGAAAUUUUUAAAGUUAUUGGUUCUUUUUCCUUUGUGGUAGAUUUCUCUUCAAGAAAUUAAGUAAUAACAGUUUUUCAAAUAAAGUUUUCUUAAAAUUUUCACUA